CUUCUUAUUUAAAACCCGGAGAGGGACCUUGAGACCAUCUCCCUCUCUCCCACUCUGUUAUCUUUUCCUCUUUAUUGUAAAUCCUGAUUUUUAUAUUUCCUUGAUCGAGAAAAUUCUAUGGUUUAAGAGUUUAAUAUUUUUCUUGGAAGGUGUUAGAUGAAUCUUUCUAGGUAAAUUGGUUAACUCUGAUUAAUUCUCUGUUUCCAUCUUUGGAUGGAUAAUUGUAGACACAGCGCCAAAAUCCUUCGGAAAUGAUCGUAUCUUCGAGCAAUAUUACUACAUGUAUUGGUCGUAGAUAGAUCCUCGUCGUUCGUUACUACUCACACUGAUCUAGGCCCUCUAAUCUUUCGAUCUUCGUAAGUAGUUCUUGAUCUCAAUAGUUCCCGACCAAACAAGAUGAAGAGAUCACGAGGAAGCUCGGAUUCUUUAUCCGGUUUCUUACCAAUUUGCCACUCUACAUCAGACAAACAACUAAGUCCACGUGCACGACCAACAGCCACCGGCUUUCUCUACCCCGGCGGCGCCGGAGACUACUCCCAGAUGUUCGACGGUCUAGAAGAAGACGGAAGUCUAGAGGACAUCGGCGUUGGACACGCGUCGUCUACGGCAGCAGCGGAGAAAAAACGGCGGUUGAGUGUAGUGCAAGUGAAAGCGUUAGAAAAGAAUUUCGAGAUUGAUAACAAGUUAGAGCCUGAGAGAAAAGUGAAGCUGGCUCAAGAGCUUGGGCUGCAACCUCGACAAGUGGCGAUCUGGUUUCAGAACCGCCGUGCUCGGUGGAAGACAAAGCAGCUCGAACGUGAUUACGGCGUUCUCAAGUCAAACUUUGAUUCACUCAAACGCAGCCGCGACUCGCUUCAACGUGAUAACGAUUCCCUUCUUGCAGAGAUUAAAGAGCUGAGAGCAAAACUUGACGUGGAAGGGACAUGCGGAAACAAUGGUAACGCCGUGACAGAAGAAACGGACGUUGUAAAAACGGUGGAAACGGUCGCGUUUCAGACGGUGAUUGCUAAUAACGAAGUCUUAGAGCUAAGCCAGUGUCCUCCACUGCCUCGGGAAGCCCAGGCAUCGGAGCUCGCAUACGAGAUGUUUAGCAUUUUCCCACGUGCCGAAAGCUUCAGAGAAGAUCCAGCUGAUAGUAGCGACUCAAGCGCUGUUUUGAACGAAGAAUAUAGUCCCACGGCGGUGGCAGCGACAGCGGUUGAGAUGUCGACGAUGGGAUGUUUUGGCCAGUUUGUGAAAAUGGAAGAGCAUGAAGAUCUUUUUAGUGGAGAGGAAGCUUGCAAGUUGUUUGCGGAUAAUGAGCAGUGGUUUUGCUCUGGACAGUGGAGUUCCUAAAGCUAAAAGACAAUGUUGAGGAUAAAAAUGAAACUAUGAACAAUGAGGGACGUUUGUGAAAACAUUGCUGGAGGGGAAAAGUUUUAAACUGAAAAUCGCAUGCGGUUUCAUGCACGUCGGCAGUGUAUCCUUGCAGGUUAAGGUUGAAGAGAGACAAAAAAACUCUGAAAUAAAAUAAUUUAAAUAACCAAAUUAUGUGAAGAUGAAAUUGUUUAUUUUUAAGUUUAUAUUAAUACUUAGAAUUAUUGCGUCGUUGAAUGUAGUGAUAAAAAACUUUAAAGCCCAAAGGGUUCUAGCAAUUGCAUGCAAACGAUCUUAGAUGGUGA